GAAAGGACAACAUGGUCUCGACUCUUUCAACCGAAGAACUACACAUUCUCUCUACCAAGGCCACUGCGGCUAAGGAGGCUGCAUACUGUCCUUACUCCAAGUUCCGGGUCGGAGCCUGCAUCCUUACGCACUCAGGCGAGUACAUCGUCGGAGCCAAUGUUGAGAAUGCAUCCUAUCCCGUGGGAACCUGUGCGGAGAGAGUAGCUUUCGGGACUGCCAUUGUGUCUGGACACAGAGACUUCAAGGCUAUUGCCGUUGCAACGGAUAUCAAACCCCCGGCAUCGCCGUGUGGCAUGUGUAGGCAGUUUAUGCGCGAAUUUACAACUCCCUCAUUCCCGAUCUACAUGUACGACAAAGACGGGAAUUACACAGUCAAGACCAUGAGCGAGCUUCUCCCGGACUCCUUCGGACCGGACCAUUUGCCCAAGUAAGGGGCUUGAUUAGUGUCUCAUUCAUGCCCAAGGGAUAUAUAUCCAUAUGGACUUAGGAACGGGGUUAGAUAAUCCAUCCUUGAAUACUAAAUCUGCAGGUUCAUCAGUCAUGGAUCCAUAAUCUCGUUCUGCUGCCUUUUCUUCCAACCAGGAUGGAAUAAUGGGCACCAGAACGUACAUGUCCAUUGCAGCUUAGCAUGUAUCCAUGACUGCUCAAGAUCCUGCUUGCAUGACUGUCUUCUGUACUGAUCUAUCGCUGAUAUACAGAAGACUGUAAUAUCUUGUUGGUAGGAUAUAAAAUAGAAGAACUAUCAA